AUGAAAAGUGUAAUUGCUAUAUUGCUUUUUGUGAUACUAAUCAUCCCAUUAGCAGAAUCAUUUGAUUAUCAAGUUGGAGAUCAAAAUGGAUGGGCUAUACCCCCAAAUGAGGACUGGUCCUACAAUCACUGGGCAUCUCAACACAGAUUUAAAAUCAAUGAUACUCUCCGGUUUCAAUAUAAAGAUGAUUCGGUAAUGCUGGUUAAAGAUGGAGAUUACAAUAAGUGUGAAACCGGAAGUCCUAUCUUCUUUUCCAACAGUGGAAAUACUUUGUUUAAACUAAAUGAAUCUAGAAGUUUCUAUUUUAUGAGUGGUGUAUCUGGUCACUGUCAAAGAGGUCAGAAAAUGAUCGUUAGAGUCUUGGAAGAACGCACGUCUGAUUCUACUCACCCUCCACCGCCGUCAAAUGGUGGCGCUGCAAACGUUGGAUUUGCGUUUGGUUUAUCUGUUCUUAGCUUUAUUAUUGCAGUUUCUCUAUUUUAA